CACAUGAACACAUGAACAGAAAGGAAAGCACACACACACACACACACAGGGUUCACUGCUCACAUUCGGAUGCUCAAGGAUGACCUUCUCUCGCAUGUGCAUGUAUCUGUUCGUUUGCACUGCAGCGGUUGUGCAGCCCUCCUUCGGAGCUACGCCGACGGUUUUAUACCCCAAAAUCAAUGGCACGGAAUCUCUGACCUGCGAGUGCCCGGACCAUUCUUGCCAGGUGGCUUUUUGGUACCGAUUCCUUGAGAAAAACAACAGUCUUCAAUUCCUCAUGUUUAUCAACAGUGCUGGCAGAGAAGAGCAUGGAGAAAACUUUAACAACACCCGUUUCAAAGGUUCUGUGUCAUCUGGACAGACGGUGUAUCACCUGCGUAUCACAGGUCUGCAGGAGGAUGAAGCCGGCCUCUAUUCCUGUGUGUUUAGAACUAAGAAUAAAAUGCCAGCUGGAUUUUACAUUAGGCCUGGAGUGAACCCUCCAACGCUUCUGCCACCAACAGUCAAGAUUGAGAAAACUGUGAAGACCUGUAGAUGUAAAAACUCCAUCUACUCUCCUAAAGGCUGUGAACAAUCUGUGCUUUGGCCUGGCAUUGGUUCUCUUCUUCUUUUGGCAAUUACUCUUGCAGGCACACUUUACUAUUUUAGUCGCCUACCCAAGAAGUGCAGACAUCGAUUCGCCAAGACAAACCAGUUGCGGUGAAGUAAAAAAAAACAGGCUCUUCAGCUCCAAACAAAAGUGGUCUUUCACUCUCAAAAUCAAUAUUUUCAAUGUUAUCCUGCUGACGUCUCUGUAAUUUCCACAGCUGGGUUUCACUAAAAUCAAAUGUAUUUGUUUUGCAACAGUGAUCUGUGAAUGAAGAUACAAGUUUAUAUUUACUCAUAGUUCAGUUUUUUGUCAGAAGUUAUUCAACCUUGAGUACAAUCCAUUGGAUUCAUUGUCUGACUUGACUAAAUUAAUAUAAAGCUGAUCCUACCAGCAGAAAUACCCCAAAAGUGCAUUCACUAUAAUCCUGUAUUUACCCCAAAUAUCCUGCAUUUAACCAGAUGUAUUUGUCUAUAGUUUUAUUGAAUUUGUAGUUUUAUGGUAUUAUGGUAUAGAAUAUUCCCAUAUUAACAAAUGCUCAGAACCAGCACAGCAUGCUGAAUUUGUAAUUAAAUGUACAGUUGUCUCUUUAAAGUAUGUCACAUUUAUUGCAUGUCCUAAUUUUACUGUAUGCCUUAAACUUUGUUUAUGCUCAAUAAAUUAUCUUA